UUUGACACGUCACCCUGCUUUAAACGAUGUCGCAAGCUUUAUCUGAUUCGUCUGGGCCUUUGGAGAUUUCGGGAAGGCCCAUCGUUUUGUUAAAACCCGUGAUCAAUGCCGUAACACACACAUCAAGCUAUGACAAAUCCGAAGACUAAAAAAUAAUAUUAAUACGAACUUCCAAAAUGAAAUACUAAAACAUAGAAAACUCUAUACCAUAACAACAUCAUAAAAAAAAUAUCUUAGGUUUACAAAAACUUUUACAAUGGAUGAGAAAUAUUAACCAUUCAUAUUCAUAACAAAUAUCUUUCAAUCUAAGAAUAAAAAGUUUUCUGGCCGUUGCGAAUGAGCCAUUGACACACAUGUAACGCAAUUACAUAAAUGUUGAAAAUCCAGAGGAAAAAAUUAAACCGUCCAAUUAUGGGUUACAAUAAAUAUACGAAAAAAAAUUGCAAAACCUAUCAAUCCACUUUCUCUAAGGAAAACAAACACGAAGCACCAUCAUCGGCCCUAUAUAAACAAAGAGAAGCAACGAAAAAACUAAAAAAUAACAUCAAAAGCAAAAAUACACAAACAGAGGAUUUUUUCAUGAGUUCCAUCAAGCCGAAACAAAGUAUCAUGCAGACCCUUGAGGCCAUGCCUGAAGACAUGCGUCUUCUAAUAGUUUCGAAAGUAGGCCAAAACUCCCCCGUCGACUACUUCAAUACGGUUUUGACAUGCAGAAGCCUAAGCUUCCGUCCAGACAACCCCUCUGUUGCCAAAGAUCUCAACCUCUCGCCUUUUGUUAAGAAGCCACUCCUAUCCAAUCAGUACGAAUCAUUAAUGGACGCCUGCCUUAAAGCAGACAAUAUUGAUGCUCACUUUGUAAAAGGUAUGAUUCAAUUCUUCCAAUCUCAAAAUCAAGUCCUAGGUCUACAUCACAUCCACAUAGCAUCAAAGAGUGGUCACCUACAAGGAAGAUACAUUUUUGGUGUUCUCUUCAUGGCCAUCGGCGAGACAGACAAAGGAAUCAAAAUCAUCAACGACCUCCCGGAAGAGAAAGGUAUUUCGUUGGUUGAGGAUUGAAUGAUAAAUUUCAAGAGGGCUCUGGAACGUUCAAUUCUUCAGAUGAGGGAUAUAUAUAAGAGCUCGGUUCUGAAAAUGUGGCCAGAGCUGAACUGCCAUCCUGGAGACGGAACGGCGAACACGGUCUGCUCAAAGUGUUUCCACUUCUUUUUACUCACCGAUUUCUACACGAUGAUGAUGGGCUUCAACAACCUUCUGGAUUAAGAACACCCGUAACACCAGACUUUAUUAAUAUCAACCCAUUCACCUUCUCUAUUAGCUUGAAAUAAAACUUCCUACCAUUUGGUUUUACAUAAAAGAUCUGUGUGGUUGUACAAUUUUAAACUAUUGUUUGGUUUUAGUUCCAAUUUUAAAUUUAAAUAAAGCAGAAAUUAAAAUUUCAAAAUUAAGAAAAAAUAAACCCAUGCAAUGAGAUAGUGCCAUAUAAUUUUAGUUCUGUAAGUGUAAUAAUUAUAAUAAAAAACAUACAAGUUAAAGAUAUUCUUCCAACCAAAAAUAUCAAACUCCGCUUCAAAAACUUUGCUUACGAUCCCAUAAACAUAAUACAAAAUUCAUUUCGAAUUCAUACAUCUUCCAUUGUAGUUAACACAGUAACGGAAAUUUGACACAUCAAACAUUGACCAAACAAAUUACAGUAGAGUAAAAGGUAAAACUAAGUUCAAGAUACAAAACAAAAACCUUUCUAUUCCAGAGAGAAAAUUGCAAUCAAGCACGACAACAACAAAAAACUACAUACAGUCCUAAAUACUACAUAGAAUACAACAAUUCCCAAAUUUUUAAAGGAAAACAUUACAUACGAAUCCAGCUUUUGGUGUUCGUUAAAGAUUUAUGUUCACUUCAAUGACAAACAUUUUAAUAAAAAACGCAAGGGUCUGUGCAACUAUAGCAUCUUCGAUAUUAGAUCACUUACUCUAUUCAUUUUUCUGUCGAGAAGCACCUGAUAGAAGUAGGUAGAGGCUGGAGGUAAGUGAUAUUUGCAGGCGAAAUUUGGUUUUCUUUUGGAGGUUAGUCAAAGCAAAAAAAACUUUGAAUGUUGUCCAUGUUCCAGGAGAAAAAUAUAUUUAGUUCGAAUGCAAUGAAAUAUGACUGUUUAUAACGUUUCUAAAUAACUCUCUGCGAAUUACUUAAGUCACAAGCCAAACUCACCGUACUUAUCGUAAUACUAAAAUACAAACAUCAUGCAAAAUAUCCAAUAUUUAAAAUAAACACAACCCUGCCUACACUCACUCAUAAGUUAACAACAAAAUAAAAGAACACAAUAAUACCAAUUUGAAAUAGGAAAAAAAUCCCAAACCCGGCGCGUAGCGCCGGCCAACCCCUAGUUUUAUAUAAACUAAACUUUAUCCGUGCUUGAUGCGGGAAGUUAUAGUUGAAAGUUUAAUGUUUGCUUAUACUUUAGACACUUCACGCCAUUUUUCUAAUAUUAUUAAUUUUAAACUAUUUUAUACAAUAAUUUUAAUACGAUUUAGCUGUUAAUAUGUAUUUUAAAAACUUAAGACCAAUUUCCCUUGGGCAUCUUAGAAAGGAAAUAUUCAUCAAAAUAGAAAGGUAUAUUAAAUUUAUUUCAUUGUUUGCACAUUGAUAUGGGGUGUCUGAAAAGCAAGUAACCUUUUAAAGUUCAUAAAAAUAUUACUAUUUCACAUAAGAGUAUUUUAUAACCUUCGUAUUAAUAUUUUGGUAUAAUUUAUAGUUUAAUAUCCAACAUACUAUUUACCAUCUAACAUAUAGUAGAAACGAUAAGAAAAUGUGUUAUACGUUAUUAGAUAUUUUAGAUAUUAACAUUCUUUUUUUUUUGGCAUCUCAUUUUAUUAAAAGCCCACAAAGAGCUAUAAGAAAACACAAAUAUACAAAGAGACAUAAGGAAAAACCCAAACUUUAAAAACCCAAAAGGAGAAAAUGACAAAGUCCAAGCCAGAUCAUGUCCACGUGUAGGGCUGCUACGAAAGUAAAGACACACGGCAUAGAGGACCUUCUCCUUCCUCCACGGGCCUGAAACCCGACGCUAUGAUUUUCUGAUACCGGAAAUCGACAGGGACCAAGGCAAAUCGGAUAACCAAUUCCAGAACGGUUGAGCCAUACCGAACCAUCAACUCAAAGCUUAAAUCCACUUGUAUCACGAACAUGAUAACUUCAGAGAUAGCUUAAAUCCAUCUAAUUCAGCCCAGAUCAUCUUUAAAGAUAAAAAUAAGCCUGAAGAUGAAGAACCCGUAAAACGGGAAUAGGAUAAAGCUAUCUAAUUGAUAAACGUAACACAAUUGAAUAACAGAGAAUCGAGGCCAAAGCAAAAGAAAAAAAAGAAAAAAACAAACAAAACCGAAUAUAAAUCCGGUAAGAACUAGACUAAAUCAUCAAAGAGCCACGAUGAUUUGCUAGUGAUAGUGCCGGCAAACAUGGUGCUAAACAAGCCACCAGUUUCCAGAGUCGAAGCCCGACAACCGGGAGUCAUAAGCCGAUGAGAAUCCGGUGAAUCGAUGAAGAAAUUCAUCAACCGUCCCGUUGAUUCCUUCCGGCAAAAGACGAAGAACACUCCCUCUGAAAUCCAUAUUUUCCCUCUGAAUGAUUUUUUAUGGAUAAGAAGAAAAGAGAGAAUUUUCUCUCCCUCGAGAGAAGAGAGAAGUAGAGUGUUUCUGUUUGACCAGGAAAAACAGAUAUUAACAUUCUAAAAGCGUUGUCAGCAAAAAAAAAACAUUCUAAAAACCAAAAACCAUUAAUUUAUAUUUUCGUUAUUAGCCUAUAUAUUAUACAAUUGUUUUUUUCAUUAAGAAACCCACCUACACCUAUCCUACUUGCACACCUAUAAUAUCAAAAGAGGAUCAUACAUCUCUACGCUCUCAGCUUGACAUAAAACAAAGGCAUUAUUGAAGGCCACAGUGAAUUUGCUACAUAAAAUAUGAGUUUUAAGUGUAUACUAUUUUUUAUACUUCACAGUUAUGGUUAUUCAUAUGUUUUGAUUUUUUUUUUAAUUAUAUUAGUUGAUGAAAUGUCUUAUUGAUGUUUAAACAACUAAGUCUAAAUAAAUAAUUUGGAAUUUGGAGUUUUUUUUUUAUAAUUUACCAUUUUCAUGUAUAUUUGUUUAUGAAGUAUACAAUUUGGAUAAUUUUUGUAUAUUAAUACAUAUAUGCUAAUAAAGACAAAAUUUUCAUAGUUUUGGAUUUGAUAUUUUUAUAUAGAUCAUAAUUUAUUUUAUAUUAGUUAUAACACUUGUAAUAUUUGAUUAAUUAGAAAUAAGUAAUCAUAAAAGAUAAAACAUUAUUAGGCAAUAUUUUAAACAUAUUGUAAAUAUUAUAGUGCUAAAAAUAAAAAUGGCCUAUUUAUUUUUUGAUUUUUAAAUCUAUGACCAAUAUUGAUGUGGGUAAGCAUAAUAUUCCUUUUUGAUUGAUAUUUUGGAAUAAAUUUUCCUUGAUAUUAUCAUGAUUGUUUUACAAAAAUUGUUACAAUCACGACUGUUUAUACCAUUAUAAUUUUUUAAACCUUUGAACAAUAUUGUUUCUGUUAAAUGAAUAUACCCGUAAUUGAUAUUUGAUUAUUUUGAAUACACACCCAACUUCAUCUUCUCCAAAUGUAUGUGUUUAGUACCUCCAAAAAAUCAUAUAAUACAAAGAGAGAACAAUCACUUCUAUAAGGCUAACACAAUUUAAAGAAAAAAUUAAAGAGCAGUAAUUCAAAUAUGGGUCGAGAUGUUUACUAUAAAUAAAACACUGUUAGCAACAUACAAAGUAUGGUUGGAUAUAAUCAUAAAAUAUCACAUAUAAAAAGAAAUUGUAAUUUUUAUUUUAAAUAAUAGUAUAUAGAUAUUUGAAUAUUACUGCAUUGUCUAGAGGAAGAAAGUGGACCAAUGAUGACCAUUAAAAGGCGCAUAUCAUACACCAUAAACAGUAUUUAUUUAUUCAAAAAUAAGAUGUUACAAUACGGUACAUGAUAAUAAAUCAAUAAUCAUUAUCUUCCUAUGAUAAUAUGAACUAAGCAAGUCAGGUUAUGUUAGUAAAAUAAGAAUGAAAUCAUUAGAUUUGAUCUAUGUUUGUAUUUUAUCCGGUAACAUAUAUAUAUUCCUAAAGAUAUGAUUAACAUAUGUCAAAUGUACACAAAUGGUCUGGUUAGAAGGAUGUUAUUUUUUAAAAUGGUUUGAUUAGAUUUGUGUCCAGGGCCGGGCCUGAAAAAUAUUGGCCACAAGCAAAAAAUUAUUUUUGGGUCUUUUAUUUCAUAAAAACAGUGAAAAUAAUGAAAAAACGGUUGGGAGAUUUGAUCCCGAGUCCAUUUCCGCACUGAGAGUAAAAUUACUAGUAGAGCUACACGAUCUCUUUAUUUAUUAUUGGCCCUUAAAACAUAUAUAUUUUUUUUGGGCCCCAAACACAUGUUUGAUGGGCUUCUAUUCAGGCCGACCCUGUUUGUGUCUUACAUUUGUUUUAUAUAUGUGAAUAAAAGAUAAGUUUAAUAUAUUGUUAGGAUUUAGUUAUGUAAAUCCAAAAAUAGUGUAACCAUUUUCCUAGGGAAAAUCCAUUUAAAAAAAUCACACAUGAGUAGAAGUUGUGACUUCUAUUUUAAUAGUAUAUGUAUAUUUACAUAAUGCCUUUGUUUUAUGUACACAGUUCGCUUCAUCAAGCAAAAUUGGUGUCAGCAUUCUUGCAAUGUUUCCUUGUACCUCUUUCAUUACAAGUUAAUGAUAUUUACAAUUAUUUAGACAUGUAUUUCGACUUUUGUGAAACCAAAAUAUCUCCUCUGCCUUAUAUGCUUUAUCCCACUCCUUUUUCAAAAAUAAAACCCACUCGGGUUGUGACAUUAUUCAAACUCAUACCAUGAUCUAGUUUUGGCCCAACUCUCCUUCAGACCUCGUGUUAUGGCAAGUAAACUAUGUGAACCUUGAAGGUUUCUCAACCUCUCGCACUUGGGAAACAAUCAGACAUCCUCAGCCUGUAAACGACGGGACGUAUUAUGUCUGGUUCAAAGGAGGUGUUCCCAAACAUGCAUUCACUUUUCGGAUUGCAUAUCAUGAUACAUUGGUGACAACAGCUAGACUUGCAGUAUAGGGACUAAAUAUCUUAACUGCCUGUUGCCUGUUGCCUAUGCAACUAUGUUUUCCUCACAGGCGUGGCAAUCAACAUCAAUCCAUACUUGGGCUGCACUUAUCGACCGGCUUGCCAUCAAGGUCUCCUCAACACUUAUCUUACGCUUGGCAAAAAGGUAUAUUAUUGGAAUGGUAGGAUUUGUGACUAAACGACCUGAACAAAAAAAAACUAUCUAAAAUUAAUGAUUUAAAUUAAAUAUAUAAAUCAAAUUUAUAUUAUAUAUAAUUUUAAAUUAUAUAAUUAUAUAAAAUCAGCUUAAUUUAUAUAUGAAUUACAUAUAACCAUAUUAAUUUAAUAUAAAAUGAUCUAGGUAGCAUUAAAUAUAUAUGUUUAGGUGCUAAAUCUAUUACAAUAGUGGAUAAAUCUUAUUAAACCGGACUACCCGAGCGAGACGGAUACUAGGGUUUUGGGCCUUUUUCUCUCUAUUUAUUAGGGUUUUGUGUUCUUCUUUCUAGAGAUCUUCCAAAACUAUGGCAAAGGAGGAGCACUCCUCCCAAACACCGUCUCUGAUUACGUCACUUCCCCAAGACGCCAUCGUUGACAUCUUUGCCCGUAUGUCGAGAUUCGACUAUCCAACACUCUCCCUAGUUUGCAAGCACUUCCGGUCAAUAGUAACGUCGCCAGAGAUAUUCACAAGACGAGCCUUGUUGGGACGCACGGAGCACUGUCUCUAUGUUGUUCUAUGUUUGCAGAACCGUACGCGUAUUUAUAUUCUCCGCAAGAACAAAACCAACGGCGAUACCUCUUUGGUCUUGAUCCCGUCGCUUCCUGCUAUGCCUAUGUAUCUAAACUUCGUAGCAGCGGGGUCGAGGAUAUACGCGUUUGCUCGGAAGAGCGAUUACGAAAUGAUGACAUUAAGCAUUGGCUGUGGAUCUCACAGCGUGCAACCCUUCCCUAGUAUGCCUACACACCUGAAUCUUAUAGUGGCUGGCAUCAUAGAGGGGAGAAUCUACGGAGUUGGAUGUCGCUUUUCUUCGGAGGAGUGGGAGAGGGUGAUGGUGGUGUUCGAUACAAAAACACAAGUGUGGGAGCCUGGGAUGAUAUCAGUAAUGAAGGAGGGUUUUAUGUGUGGUUGUGUGGUGAUGGCUGACAAGAUUUACACGAGGGAUUAUGCUAACACCUUUGUUUACGAUCCAAAGGAGAAUAAAUGGGAAAAGGACGAGAUGCUGAAUCUACACAAGUGGGAAAAUGCGUGUGUUGUUGAUGACGUGUUGUACUACUUAGAUUGUAAUGAGAAAGAGUUAAGGGCGUAUGAUGGAAAGCAGAGUUGUUGGCAAGUGGUGAAAGGUUUGGAAGCAUUGUUGCCCGAGACGAGAAGAAGAAAAGAGUGGUCACAGACUGUGAAUUACGAUGGGAAACUGGCUUUGUUUUAUCCUAAAGAAAACUGUGAAAUUUGGUGCGCGGAGAUUUUGCUGGAAACACGUAAAGGAGGGGAGAUUUGGGGUACUGUUGAGUGUUGCCGUCAUCUCGUGACUUCGCAAUCAUGCUUUAUGAAAGCUCUAGAUGUUGUUGUCUGAUACCACACCUCUCCAUAUAAUAAACUUGUGCUUGGUUCUUUUUUAUAAAAGUUUCCUUGUCCUGCUUCACCUUAUUGCCUAGAUGAGUUUUCUUGUCGCCUUUGAGAAUCCACAACGUUUACAAUGACAAAAUGUGAUAGGAAUACCCUUUAUCUAUCCGGUUUGGUUAAUAUGGUUUAGUAGUGUUAUUUAUCAAUUUCGGUUUAGCUAUUUUGUUUAAGCAAACACUAUAUCUAAACUUUUACCCAUUUGGGAUUUUCAUUGAUCAAGAAUACAACUUUAUCUUCUUCAUCAAGUCUUCUUCUCUAUCACCACCCUCAUCGCUUAUCAUCAUCUUCUUCACAUGAAUUCAGCAUCUUAGAGAUGAUAUUUGUUCCAUUUUAGAUCAUCUUUUGACAUGUGUUCACCUCGUCUUUGAUCCUCGGUGGAUUCUUGACAGGACCCUAUUUUCAAGUUACAUUUUUGUAUCAGAGUCAGUUUCGGAUACCAAUGAAACAGGAAAGCCAGUGUAAUAAGUUUCAAUCUAGAAAUCCACCAAGAUUCUAUUUUACCGGCACACUUGGCACUACUCAAUCUUGUCACCCAACUUGGUAACGGUCCAAGCUCAGCCACAAGCUUAGUAACCGCCUAGAUCAGCCACUAGCUCACUUCACCCUGCCAAUUGCCUCAACUGCCUUGUAACCCAUCAAUAUGAUUUGAGCUUCCUAACAACUGGUCCAUCUAACUGAACUCAGACUUCCAGUUGAUCCAGGUAGCUAAGCUCAGGCUCCCAGCCCCAUCCAGCUCUAAACUUCAUGUUUCUUAAUGUUUCAUUGACUAAAUAUUCUUCUCUUCAUGAUUUAGCCAUUAUUCUCCAGACCCUGACAUGAUUAUCUGAUAGUCUUUGACCAGCCGUUCAUGUCCUUGUCCAUGGUUUGUCCCAGCGAAGAUGGGAGCAAAGACAAUAAAUAUAAUAAAUUUGUGGUUAAAUUAAGUUUUAUAAUGGUGUUCCAAAAAUAGUGUUCCAAAAAAUACGUUUUAUAAUUAAAUUUCAUAAAUGUAAAAUGAUAUAUAUAUUUUAUAUAUAAAAACAAAAUUAUAAAUAAGCAUUAUUAGAACAAAAUAAAUUGAAGAUGUACGUAGGGUUCAAUUAGAAGGAUUUCGGGUUUUUUUUAUGUGAAAAAAGUGUUGAACUAUGGUUAAUAGGUGAGUGAGGAGUGAAAGUAACCACUAGACUACAUAGAUUUCGGGUUUUGGGGAUAUGGAAUUUAGUCACAUUUGGCUAUUCUUAAGGUUGGAUUCGAAUUCGAUUUCGGGUUCUCCAGAUUUAGUUCGGAUAUAGUAACACAUCGCAAACUUAGUUGAA